GAGGUGUUACAGCCGACUAUCCAUCAUGUAACCAUCAUGGAUAGUACGAGCGCUGAGCGCUGGACAGUGGUAUAUCUAACACGAGCACCAGGAUCGUUACACACCCACAUUUGCUCACACCCAUCCCUCGAAUAUGACCGUCGUCCUAAAUGAUCCCAGUUGGUGGCCGAAAAUCAAUUCGAAUGUUUUUUAUAGCUAUUGGAUACUUGCCGCCGGCGUCGUGGUGGUAUACGAUUGGGCACUAACACUAGGACAAGAGAUUGAACUGAUCUGGACGCAUCGUUGGUCUCUCAUGACUGUGCUGUAUUUGAUUAUACGCUAUAUUGGAAUACCAUAUUCUGUUGUGUAUAUGUUGGCAUUUGCGCCAUAUAUCUCGUUGACAGAUGCAGUGGGUAAUAACAUGUACUACGCAAUAAAUGGGACAAAUGUGGUUGUAACUGCCAUGUUGGGCGUCAUCAUGAUUGCUCGGUUGUAUACCAUGUACGAGAGAUCUAGAAUGAUCCUUAUCAUCCUUGUUUUUAUCUUCCUGGCUGUUAAUAUUGCCUGCGGAGUCGUGACGGCAAUAGCACUCAAGUAUACUAUACUGGAGGAGCUGAUCAUUUCUGGCACAUAUAUAUGCGAUCUCGGAUAUGAGGGAAAUGUCUGGCUUCUGAACUCACUGAAUUGGAUGCUCUACACUGUUUGGGAGGUCCUCGCACUGUGUCUUUCAGUCUGGAUCGCUGUAAAACACUUUCGUGACCUGCGACGACUCGGCCCAUCUCGGACAAGGUCGACCAUCGGGGACUGUUUCAGAGUGCUGAUAAAAUCUCACGUGCUUUUUUUUGCAGGCUUCGUCUGUGUCUCUUGUCUUGAGCUUGCGAUUCUUUCUCCAGAGCUUGCGACUCUCACUCCAGGGCUCGUGAAUUCAACUUCUAUGGGCACUCAGAUACUUGUUGGUGUUCUUCCGAUUUUCUUGGGCGUGCAGAUGUUUGUUCUGGGACCACGCCUCAUCCUUAGCAUUCGAGAAUAUCACGCUAAACUCGUGGCUAACUCCGAUGCAGAAACUAGCAUGACUUCAAUUGUCUUCCAGGAGCGUGUGCAUGUAUCAACUAGCAGUACUGUGUAGUGCCACACCGUAUUCAAGGACUUGAUCUCCGUGAAUCUGAUCUCUUCACCUCCGGCAUAGAUUUAUCGAUAACGUCUGCGAGACGGUUCGGGUGUUUCUUCAAUUCUAAGCAUGUAUUGUUAAAAGAUUAUGAGGCUAAAAUUGUACCAAAGUUCAUG